AGCGGAAGUAGGUACGUGGCCGCUUCAGCUGACAGUGUACAUGAUGGCGACAGAGGUUCAGAGCGGCGACCUCGACAGCGCUACGUCCAGCCGGCUCGAAGUUUCCAUCGAUGGCCUCACCCUCAGCCCAGAUCCGGAGGGCGACCAGAGCCAAGGCGAGGCGCCGGACCCUGCCUACCCCGAGCCAGAGGCGGAUAACAAGCCAGGUGUCGAUGGCGAAGAUCAAGAUGAGGAGACUGCCAAAGAGGCGAUUGAAAGGAAAUGGAGCUUUUCUUUGCAGGAGCUGUACGGAAUGGCCCUAAAAUUUUUCAAAGACAAAGACGGGAAGGCUUUCCACCCAACAUAUGAAGAAAAGCUUCGGCUGGUGGCUCUGCACAAACAGGUGUUGCUUGGCCCUUAUAAUCCAGAUGCCUCGCCUGAGGUCGGCUUUUUUGAUGUCCUAGGCAACGACCGAAGGAAAGAGUGGGCUUCUCUGGGUAACAUGGAAAAAGAGGAAGCUAUGAUCGAGUUUGUUAAACUACUCAACAAGUGCUGUAACCUCUUUGCUCCUUAUGUCACUUCACACAAAAUUGAAAAGGAGGAGCAGGAGAGGAAAAGGAGGGAAGAGGAGGAGCGACUUAGGCGUGAGGAAGAGGAGAGAGAGCGACAGAGGCAGGAGGAGGAGAGACGGAGGUUUGAAGAGGAGGAAAGGUUGAGACGAGAAGAAGAGGAGCAGAGAUUGGCAGAGGAAGAGAGGCUGCGUAUUGAACAGCAGAAACAACAGAUAAUGGCGGCAUUGAACGCUCAGACAGCAGUGCAGUUCCAGCAGUAUGCUGCACAGCAGUACCCCAACAACCCCGAGCAGCAGAUCAGUCUGAUCCGCCAGCUUCAAGAGCAGCACUACCAACAGUAUAUGCAGCAGCUCUACCAAGUCCAGUUGGCACAGCAGCAGGCGGCCCUAAUGAGGCAGCAGCAUCAGACGGACUCGGUUCUGCAGGGUUCCCUACAAUCAAGCAGCUUUAAUGUCAGAGAUCCGAUCGCGGCCUCAACAGCAGGACCGCUGUGUUCUUCCUUGCCACUGUCAAGUGAGGAGGCUCCAACGGUCAAUGGAGGCCAGUCAGACUCGUACUCGGAGAGCUUGGAUCAGGAGCCAGAGCCCGAGCCUGCUGAGGAGGUGUCAGAGAACGGGCCUUUAUUAGCGGACUCCCCACCUGUGAUAGCAGCUCCCUCCAUGUGGACACGGCCGCAGAUCAAAGACUUCAAGGAGAAAAUCCGGCAGGAUGCAGACAGCGUGAUCACGGUGGGACGUGGUGAGGUGGUGACGGUGCGCGUUCCUACCCACGAACAGGGGUCCUACUUGUUCUGGGAGUUUGCCACAGACUAUUAUGACAUCGGCUUUGGGGUAUUCUUUGAGUGGACGGACUCUGCCUCUGCUUCGGUCAGCGUUCACGUGUCAGAGUCCAGCGAUGAGGACGAAGAUGAAGAUGGGGAUCCUCCCACUGAAGAGGAGAAGGCAAAGAAGGAAGCAGGGAAGCCCCAGGUGGAUGAGAUUGUGCCAGUGUACCGGCGGGACUGUCAUGAAGAGGUGUACGCUGGCAGCCACCAGUACCCCGGCCGUGGAGUGUACCUGCUCAAAUUUGACAACUCCUAUUCACUCUGGCGCUCCAAGAGUGUUUACUACCGAGUCUACUACACCAGAUAAGCCUGAAUACAGACAGUGGGAGAUCCAAGGAGAGUGUGUACGUGCAAAUGGAGAUAUAUGUGUGAAGGUGUUUGUGUGCGAGAGAAUGACGAAGUGAUCUGUUCUGGGCAAAAACCACCAGAGGGGGACAAAGAGACAAAACUGGAGCCCAUUCAUCAGCGAAUAUGCUCCUCCUGUAUGCGUCUGGGUGUGUGCGUGUUUCUCCAAUUUUCACUUAUGCUACAUCCCGUCAUCAAACCUAAAAAGAAGUGUGCGUUCCUGUUGUGAAAUCACUUCCUGUCUUUGCAGCAUUCGUUAUCUCCGAGCUGAACGGAUAUGCUGUUAAUUUGUAUUCAACUACUCGCCCUCCCGGGCUUUUAGCCGGCGAGCGGCCGGGCCAUCGCCUUGGCCUCGAUGCCACGCCUGCACCGCCUGACCGGUGACCACAGUGUGGAAACUUGGCAGGAAUCGGUGUUUCCUGUUGUAAGGAACUGGUGGCUGAUCGCCCCGUAAAAAAAUGCAGAGGAUGUCGAGAAUCCAGCCGUAGUGCAAAUGUCCUUCAUAAUAACACUAUGCCUUUUACACAGAUUAUUUCUGCACAUUGAAAACACUGUACACAACCUAAAUCUUCUUUUUUUGUUGUUAAACAGGAGUGUGUUACUGUAUUCAUUUGCCAUCUUACAUAAAUGAAGAUGUGAAAGAAUUACUGAGCAGCAGAAGGACUCAUUCAACAGCCUGUUUCUCACCUUAAUGACUUGAUAGUGUUUCCUAAAGUUGUGAAGAAUAAUUAAGAAGAAAUUAAGUCACAUGGUGUUCAAAAUCAAAGUAACAUGCAUGUGAUAAAGUAUGGUAGUAACCACAAAGGAUCUCAGUAUAUGGAAUAGAGAAGAAAAAAAACCCUGGAGAUUUUUAUUUUUGUCCAGAUUUGUUUCAGUCCAUUUCUUGGUUCACAAAAAUAACCAUUAAACCUUCAGUGACUUUUAGUUUUUCACUUUUGUGUGUUUCGCUUUGACUGCAUUAUAACUUCCACAAAAGUGCCGAUUAAAAAAACAAAAAAAAAAAUCCCCUAACCUUCCACAUUUUGCAGGUCAUGACACUGUUACGUCUGUGCAGGGUUCAGGAGUUCAUGGUUUUCCGUCACACCGUCGUGACUCGUCAUCCUCUCUGUUGUGAAUAAAGUUGAGAUAAUUCUGACCUUGUGUUUUUGGCUGACAGUCGCUGUGGCGUUCUUCUGUUUCAGGCUCAACUGUUCUUGUAAUUUGCUCUCUGAAGGACAUUGGUUUCAUGGGGAAUGUAUUCAUCUGGUGUUUAAAAGACAUGUUUCCCUCACUUCCUUUGCAUUUUUGCAGCAAAGUUGAGAAAAAGCAGGAACAAGUCGCGUUUAGUAAUUGUCAAAUUAAUUUUCAGCAUCAUUCCUGUCCACUCGUGUUUUCUUUAAGUGGUUUGUUUUGCUUGACUUUUGUAUGUUUGUAAUUCUUCAAAUGAGUUUAUAAAUGGGUUUUAAAAUGUGGAAACAGGCUGGUGUUGCAUAUCAAUGCACUGUAUAGUAAGAGGAUACAGAGUUCAGUUGUGGCCCAGAUUCAAGUCUUUAAUGACUUGAAGUUUGGCUCUAGAAAUUACAGAAGUUCUUUUCUUUUUAAAUUGUUUUUGUCUCUUUAAGUUGGAAGAUCUCUUUGGGCAUAUAUUUAAUCUUGAUUAAACUUCAUCUAUACAACU